GCGCUGCUGGGAGCCGCGCGGGCGCGGGCCGCGGAGGACGGAGGCUUCAGCCUUCACCCGCCGUACUUCAACCUGGCCGAGGGCGCGCGCAUCGCCGCGUCCGCGACCUGCGGCGAGGAGGCCCCGGCGCGCGGGCCCCCGCGCCCCACCGAGGACCUCUACUGCAAGCUGGUGGGCGGCCCCGUGGCCGGCGGGGACCCCAACCAGACCAUACAGGGACAGUACUGUGACAUCUGCACAGCCUCCAACAUCAAUAAGGCACACCCUGUAAGCAACGCCAUCGAUGGCACAGAGCGCUGGUGGCAGAGCCCGCCACUGUCUCGCGGCCUGCAGUACAAUGAGGUCAACGUCACCCUGGACCUGGGCCAGGUCUUUCACGUGGCCUACGUGCUCAUCAAGUUCGCCAACUCCCCUCGGCCAGACCUCUGGGUGCUGGAGCGCUCCACAGAUUUCGGCCUCACCUACCAGCCGUGGCAGUUCUUCGCCUCCUCCAAGACGGAUUGCCUGGAGCGAUUUGGGCCACAGACGCUGGAGCGAAUCACGCGGGAUGACGACACCAUCUGCACCACUGAGUAUUCGCGCAUAGUGCCCCUGGAGAAUGGCGAGAUUGUGGUGUCCCUGGUGAAUGGGCGUCCGGGAGCCAUGAACUUUUCCUACUCCCCGCUGCUGCGAGCCUUCACCAAAGCCACCAACGUCCGGCUGCGGUUUCUGCGCACCAACACUCUGCUGGGCCACCUCAUGGGCAAGGCCCUGCGGGACCCCACUGUCACCCGCCGGUAUUACUACAGCAUAAAGGACAUCAGCAUCGGCGGCCGCUGUGUCUGUCACGGCCACGCGGAUGUCUGUGACGCUAAAGACCCUUUGGACCCUUUCAGGCUGCAGUGUGCCUGUCAGCACAACACAUGCGGGGGCUCCUGUGACCGCUGCUGCCCUGGCUUCAACCAGCAACCGUGGAAGCCGGCCACCACUGACAGUGCCAACGAGUGCCAGUCCUGUAACUGCCAUGGCCAUGCCCAGGACUGUUACUAUGACCCUGAGGUGGACAAGCGCAAUGCCAGCCAGAACCAGGACAAUGUGUACCAGGGUGGGGGGGUGUGCAUCGACUGCCAGCAUCACACCACCGGCAUCAACUGUGAGCGCUGCCUGCCCGGCUUCUACCGAUCCCCCGACCACUCUCUUGAUUCCCCGCACGCCUGUCUCCGCUGCAACUGUGAGUCGGCUUUCACUGAUGGGACGUGUGAGGACCUGACCGGCCGCUGCUACUGCCGGCCGAACUUCACUGGCGAGCGCUGCAGCGCGUGUGCUGAGGGCUUCAUGGGCUUCCCACACUGCUACCCUGUACCAGCCUCCCACAACGACACACGGGAGCAAGUGCUGCCAGCGGGGCAGAUUGUACAUUGUGAAUGCAGUGCCAGUGGGACCCAGGGCAAUUCCUGCCGAAAGGACCCGAGGGUUGGCCACUGCGUGUGCAAGCCCAACUUCCAGGGUGCCCACUGCGAGCUCUGUGCCCCCGGGUUCUAUGGAUCGAGCUGCCAGCCAUGCCAGUGUUCUAGUCCCGGGGUGUCUGAUGGCCUCUGUGACCCUGACUCCGGCCAGUGUGUGUGUCGCGUAGGCUUUGAGGGGGCUUCCUGUGACCACUGUGCCCCUGGCUACUUCCGUUUCCCUCUGUGCCAGCUGUGUGGGUGCAGCCCUGUAGGGACCCUGCCUGAAGGCUGCGAUGACACUGGCCAUUGCCCGUGCCGGCCCGGGUUUGAUGGCCCCUACUGUGACCGCUGCAGCCCAGGCCACCACGGUUACCCCAAUUGCCAAGCCUGCGCCUGCGACCCCCAGGGAGCCCUGGAGCAGUUCUGUGGGGCAGGGGGCUUGUGCCGUUGCCGUCCCGGCUACGCGGGUGCCGCCUGCCAGGAGUGCAGCCCCGGCUUCCAUGGCUUCCCCACCUGCAUCCCAUGCCACUGCUCCAUGGACGGCUCCCUGCACUUGGCCUGUGACCCCCGGACAGGGCAGUGCAGCUGCCGGCCUGGUGUGACGGGGCUGCGGUGCGACAUGUGUGUGCCUGGGGCCUACAACUUCCCCUCCUGUGAAGCUGGCUCCUGUCACCCUGCUGGCCUGGCCCCAGCCAAUCCCACGGCUCCUAAGGCACAGGGCUCCUGUGUGUGCCGAGCUCACGUGGAGGGGCCAAGCUGUGACCGCUGUAAACCUGGCUUCUGGGGGCUCAGCCUCAGCAACCCUGAGGGCUGUACGCGCUGUAGCUGUGACCCCAGGGGCACACUGGGUGGAGUCUCCGAGUGCCAGCCGGGCAGUGGCCAGUGCUUCUGCAAGCCCCACGUGUGUGGCCAGACCUGCACGGCGUGCAAGGACGGUUUCUUCGGGCUGGACCAGGCCGAUUACUUUGGCUGCCACAGCUGCCAGUGUGAUGUUGGCGGUGCGCUGGGCCAGGGCUGUGACCCGAAGACGGGCGCCUGCCGGUGCCGACCCAACACCCAGGGCCCUACCUGCAGCGAGCCCGUGAAGGACCACUACCUGCCCGACCUGCACCACCUGCGGCUGGAGCUAGAGGAGGCAGCCACCCCCGAGGGCCAAGCCGUGCGCUUUGGCUUCAACCCACUGGAGUUCGAGAACUUCAGCUGGAGGGGCUAUGCCCACAUGGCGUCCAUCCAGCCCAGGAUCGUAGCCAGGCUGAACAUUACCUCCCCUGACCUCUUCCGGUUGGUCUUCCGCUACGUCAACCGAGGGCCCACAAGUGUGAGCGGCCGGGUCUCCGUGCGUGAGGACGGCAAGUUUGCCCCCUGCACCAACUGCACAGAGCAGAGCCAGCCUGUGACCUUCCUGCCCAGCACCGAGCCAGCCUUCGUCACCGUACCCCAGAGGGGUCUUGGGGAGCCCUUUGUGCUAAACCCUGGCACCUGGGCCUUGCUUGUGGAGGCUGAAGGGGUGCUCCUGGACUAUGUGGUUCUCCUGCCCAGCGCCUACUAUGAGGCUGCCCUCCUGCAGCUGCGUGUGACUGAGGCCUGCACCUACCGCCCCUCUGACCAUCACUCUGGGGAGAACUGCCUGCUCUAUGCCCACCUCCCUCUGGAUGGCUUCCCCUCUGCAGCCGGGCCCGAGGCCGUGUGUCGCCAGGACAACAGCUUGCCCCGGCCCUGCCCUGUGGAGCAGCUCAGCUCUUCCCACCCCCCAGUGGCCGCCUGCCUGGGCAGUGACGUGGAUGUCCAUCUCCAGGUGACCGUGCCACGGCCUGGCCGCUAUGCCCUGGUGGUGGAGUAUGCCAACGAGGAUGCCCGCCAGGAGGUGGACGUGGCUGUGCACACGCCCGAGCGGGCCCCUCAGCUGGGAGCCAUCGCUCUGCAUCCCUGCACAUACAGAACCCUGUGUCGGGGGCCUGUCCUGGAUGCCCAGCACCUCAUGGCCUCCUUCUACCUGGACUCGGAGGCCAGCAUCCGGCUCUCAGCGGAGCAGGCACGCUUCUUCCUGCACCGUAUCACACUGGUGCCUGUGGAGGAGUUCACCGCAGAGUUUGUGGAGCCCCGGGUCCACUGCAUGAGCAGCCACGGCAUCUUCGGGCCCGGCAGGGCCGCCUGCUUGCCCUCCCGCUUCCCGAAGCCGCCACAGCCCAUCAUCCUCAGGGACUGCCAGGUGCUGCCGCUGCCGCCCGGCCUCCCCCUGACUCACUCGCAGGAGCUCGCCCCUGGGGCAGCCCCAGCUGGACCCCAGCCUCGGCCCUCCACUGCUGUGGAUGCUGACGCAGAUCCCACCUUGCUGCGCCACCCCCAGGGCACCGUAGUCUUCACCACACAGGUGCCCGCCCUGGGCCGCUAUGUCUUCCUGCUGCAUGGCUACCAGCCAGCCCACCCCACCUUCCCUGUUGAGGUUCUCAUCGACGGGGGCCGCGUCUGGCAGGGCCACGCCAACGCCAGCUUCUGCCCACACGGCUACGGCUGCCGCUCCCUGGUGCUGUGCGAGGGCCAGGCUGUGCUGGAUGUGACUGACAGCGAGCUCACAGUGACCGUGCGUGUGCCUGAGGGCCGGUGGCUCUGGCUGGACUACGUGCUUGUGGUCCCCGAGGAUGCCUACAGCUCCAGCUACCUGCGGGAGGAGCCGCUGGACAAAUCGUAUGACUUCAUCAGCCAUUGUGCUGCCCAUGGCUACCACAUCAGCCCCAGCAGCUCGUCCCUAUUCUGCCAAGACUCUGCCACCUCGUUGUCUCUCUUCUAUAAUAACGGGGCCUUGCCUUGUGGCUGCCAUGAAGUGGGCGCCACAGGCCCCACGUGCGAACCCUUUGGGGGCCAGUGUCCCUGCCGGGCCCACAUCAUUGGCCGUGACUGCUCCCGCUGUGCCACUGGCUACUGGGGCUUUCCCAACUGCAGACCCUGCGACUGUGGUGCCCGCCUGUGUGACGAGCUCACAGGCCGGUGUAUCUGCCCACCGCGCACGGUGCCUCCUGACUGCCUGGUGUGCCAGCCGCAGACCUUUGGCUGCCAUCCCCUGGUCGGCUGCGAGGAGUGCAACUGCUCGGGGCCCGGCGUCCAGGAGCUCACGGACCCUACCUGUGACGUGGACAGCGGCCAGUGCAGGUGCAGACCCAACGUGGCCGGACGCCGCUGUGACACCUGUGCCCCGGGCUUUCACGGCUACCCCAGCUGCCGCCCGUGUGACUGCCAUGAAGCUGGCACUGCACCGGGCGUGUGUGACCCGCUCACAGGCCAGUGCUACUGCAAGGAGAAUGUGCAGGGCCCGCGGUGUGACCAGUGCCGCCUUGGGACCUUCUCCCUCGAUGCUGCCAACCCCAAGGGCUGCACCCGCUGCUUCUGCUUUGGGGCCACAGAGCGCUGCAGCAGCUCUGCCCACGCCCGCCAUGAGUUCAUGGACAUGGACGGCUGGACCCUGCUGAGUGCUGACCGCCAAGUGGUGCCCCACGAGCGACGGGUGGAAGUGGAGCUGCUGUACGCGGACCUGCGGCAUCUGGCCGACUCCAUCCCCGAGCUGUACUGGCAAGCCCCGCCCUCCUACCUGGGAGACCGGGUGCCCUCCUACGGUGGCACCCUCCGCUAUGAGUUGCACUCAGAGACCCAACGUGGAGACAUCUUCAUCCCCACCGAGAGCCGGCCGGACGUGGUGCUGCAGGGCAACCAGAUGAGCGUCACCUUCCUGGAGCCGGCAUACCCCGCACCCGGCCGUGUCCAUCGUGGGCAGCUGCUGCUGGUGGAGGGAAACUUCCGGCAUACGGAGACCCACAAUGCUGUGUCCCGGGAGGAGCUCAUGAUGGUCCUGGCAGGCCUGGAGCAGCUGCAGAUCCGCGCCCUCUUCUCGCAGAUCUCCUCUGCUGUCUCCUUGCGUAGGGUGGUGCUGGAGGUGGCCAGCGAGAUGGGCAGAGGACCUCCAGCCAGCAAUGUGGAGCUGUGCAUGUGUCCCGCCAACUACCGUGGGGACUCGUGCCAGGAGUGUGCCCCUGGCUAUUACCGGGAUAUCAAAGGACUCUUUCUGGGCCGAUGUGUCCCCUGUCAGUGCCAUGGCCACUCAGACCACUGCCUCUCUGGUUCUGGCGUCUGUGUGGGCUGCCAGCACAACACAGAGGGGGACCGCUGUGAGCGCUGCCAGGCCGGCUUUGUGAGGAGCAGGCCCGAGGACCCCUCAGCCCCCUGUGUCAGCUGCCCCUGCCCUCUGGCAGCGCCUUCCAACAACUUCGCGGAGGGCUGCGUCCUGAGAGGCGGCCGCACCCAGUGCCUCUGCAGACCUGGCUAUGCUGGGGCCUCCUGCGAGCGGUGCGCACCCGGCUUCUUCGGAAACCCUCUGGUGCUGGGCAGCUCAUGCCAGCCCUGUGACUGCAGUGGCAACAGUGACCCCAACAUGAUCUUCAGUGACUGUGACCCCUUGACGGGCGCCUGUCGUGGCUGCCUGCGCCAUACCACAGGACCUCACUGCGAGAGCUGUGCCCCUGGCUUCUAUGGCAACGCCCUCCUGCCCGGCAACUGUACCCCCUGUGACUGCUCCCCAUGUGGGACGGAGGCCUGUGACCCCCAGAGUGGCCACUGCUUGUGCAAGGCAGGCGUGACAGGGCAGCAGUGUGACCGCUGCCAGGAGGGACACUUCGGUUUUGAGGGCUGUCAGGGCUGCCGCCCUUGUGCCUGUGGACCAGCCGCCCAGGGGGCCGCGUGCCAUCCCCAGAGUGGGCAGUGCCACUGCCGACCAGGAGCUGGGGGGCUUCAGUGUCGGGAGUGUGCCCCUGGCUACUGGGGGCUCCCGGAGCAGGGCUGCAGGCGCUGCCAGUGCCCGGGGGGCCACUGUGACCCCCACACAGGCCACUGCACCUGCCCGCCGGGGCUCAGCGGAGAGCGCUGCGACUCCUGCAGCCAGCAACACCAGGUGCCUGUGCCAGGCAGCCCUGGGGGCCCGGGCAUCCACUGCGAAGUGUGUGACCACUGUGUGGUCUUGCUCCUGGACGACCUGGAGCGGGCUGGCACCCUCCUCCCUGCCAUCCGCGAGCAGCUGCGUGGUGUUAAUGCCAGCUCUGCAGCCUGGGCCCAGUUGCACAUGCUGAACGCCUCCAUCGCUGACCUUCAGGGCCAACUCCGAAGCCCGCUGGGGCCCCGCUCCCAGACAGAGCAGCAGCUGCAGACGCUGGAGCAGCAGAGCCUGGACUUGGAGCAGGGUGUACAGCGGCUGAGCAGCCAGGCCACAGGGGCCCAUGACCAGGCAGGCUGGAUGCUGGACAGCACUGAGGGCGUGCUGCGCCGUGCACAGGCACUGCUGGUGACUGUCCAGGCUGUGGACCACGCUCUGCGCGAGCUGGUCUCUCAGCUGGGCCAUGUGUCACCAGCCAACGCGUCGAUCCCGUCGGGUGAGCAGCUGCGUCGGACCCUGGCAGAGGCGGAUAAGCUGCUGCAGGAGAUGCGGGACCGCAGCCUUCGGGCUCCCCAGGCCGCAGCUGAAAAUGAACUGGCCGAGGCCCAGCGGUUGCGGGCCCGUGUGCAGGAGCAGCUGAGCAGACGCUGGGAGAAGAACCAGGAGCUGGCUAAACACAUCCGCGACCGGCUGGCCCAGCAUGAGGCCGGCCUCAUGGACCUGCGAGAGGCCCUGAACCGGGCGGUGGGCACCACUCGGGAGGCUGAGGAGCUCAACAGCCGCAGCCAGGCGCGCCUGGAGGAAGCCCUGCAACGGAAGCAGGAGCUGUCCCAUGACAAUGCCACCCUGAAGGCCACCCUGGAGGCUGCUGGCCGCAGCCUGGCCCGCGUCUCUGAACUCCUGCAGGGCAUGGAGCGGGCAAAGGAGGACCUGGAGCACCUGGCUGCCAGCCUGGAUGGGGCCUGGACCCCGCUGCUGGAGAAGAUAGGGACCUUCUCCCCCGCCGGCAGCAAGGUGGACUUGGUGGAGACCGCUGAGGUCCACGCGGAGCAACUAGACCAGCUGGCGCUCAACCUGUCCGGCAUCAUCCUCGGUAUCAACCGAGACCGUUUCAUCCAGAGGGCCGUGGAGGCCUCCAGCGCCUACAGCAGCAUCCUGAAGGCCGUGCAGGCUGCCGAGGACGCCGCAGGCCGGGCCUGGCAGCAGGCGAGCCGCACGUGGGCGGCUGUGGUGGCGCGUGGCCUAGCGUCCCAAACCCAGCAGCUGCUGGCCAACAGCAGCGCCCUUGAGGAGGCUGUGCUCGGGCAGCAGCGGAGGUUGGGCCUUGCGAGGCUCACCCUGGAGGGUGCCAGGAACCAGCUCAACGACAUCCAGGCCGCGAAGGACCAACUUGUGGCCCGAAUCCAAGAGGCGCAGGCCAUGCUGGCCAUGGACACAGGUGAGACUAGUAAGAAGAUUGCCCAUGCCAAGGCUGUGGCCGCCAAAGCCCAGGACACGGCCACUCGCGUGCAGUCCCAGCUUCGGGAUAUGCAGAGGAACCUGGAGCGGUGGCAGGGCCAGUUUGGGGGCCUGCAGGGUCAGGACCUGGGCCAGGUGGUGCUGGACGCAGGCCGCUCAGUGUCCUCCCUGGAGAAGACACUCCCGCAGCUCCUGGCCAAGCUGAGCCUGCUAGAGAACCGCAACACGCACAACGCCAGCCUGGCCCUGGCAGCCAGCAUCGGCCGCGUGCGGGAGCUUAUCGCGCAGGCCCGGGGCGCUGCCAGCAAGGUCAAGGUGUCCAUGAAGUUCAACGGGCGCUCAGGGGUGCAGCUGCGCAUGCCCCGGGACCUUGCCGACCUUGCCGCCUACACCGCCCUCAAGUUCCACCUGCAGAGCCCCGAGCCAGCGCCGGAGCCCGGUCAGGAGGCCGGGGACCGCUUUGUGCUGUACAUGGGCAGCCGCCAGGCCACUGGGGACUACAUGGGUGUGGCUCUGCGGAACCGGAAGGUGCACUGGGUGUACCGGCUGGGGGGUGCCGGCCCCGUGACGCUCAGCAUUGACGAGGACAUCGGGGAGCAGUUUGCAGCCGUCAGCCUUGACAGAACCCUCCAGUUUGGCCACAUGUCCAUCACCGUGGAGGAGCCGAUGGUCCAGGAGACUAAGGGUGAUGCCGUGGCCCCUGGGGUGGAGGGGCUGCUCAGCCUACAGCCCGACGACUUUGUCUUCUAUGUGGGCGGGUACCCCAGCAGCUUCACGCCCCCCGCACCCCUCCGCUUCCCUGGCUUCUGGGGCUGCAUUGAGCUGGACACGCUGAAUGAGGAGGUGGUCAGUCUCUACAACUUCGAGAGGGCCUUCCGGGUAGACACAGCUGUGGAUAGGCCUUGUGCCCGCUCCAAGUCAACAGGGGACCCGUGGCUCACAGAUGGCUCCUACCUGGAUGGAACUGGCUUUGCCCACAUCAGCUUCGAGAGACAGAUGAGCACCACAAAGCGCUUUGACCAGGAGCUGCGGCUCGUGUCCUACAGUGGGAUCCUCUUCUUCCUGAAGUACCAGAGCCAGUUCCUGUGCCUGGCGGUGCUCAGAGGCAACCUCGUGCUCCUGUACGACCUGGGCAUGGGUCUGAAGGAGGCCACCCCGCUGCAGCCACCUCCGCCCCUGACGACAACCAGCAAGGCAAUCCAGGUGUUCUUGCUGGCUGGCAGCCGUAAGCGCAUGCUGGUGCGUGUGGAGCGGGCCACGGUGUUCAGCGUGGAGCAGGACAACAUGCUAGACCUGGCCAGUGCCUACUAUCUGGGUGGUGUGCCACCCGAGCAGCUGCCCCCAAGCCUGCAGCAACUGUUCCCCUCCGGGGGCUCCAUCCGUGGCUGCAUCAAGGGGAUCAAAGCUCUGGGCAAAUACGUGGACCUCAAGAGGCUGAACACCACAGGCAUCAGCUCUGGCUGCACGGCAGACCUGCUGAUGGGACGCACCAUGACUUUCUAUGGCCAUGGCUUCCUGCCUCUGGCGCUGCCCGAUGUGCCGCCCCUCACGGGUGACAUCUACUCCGGCAUUGGCUUUCGCAGCACCGAGGACAGUGGUCUGCUCUACCACCGCGCAUCCCUGGAUGGGCUGUGCCAGGUGUCCCUACAGCAAGGCCACGUGACGCUGCGGCUUCUGAGGACAGAGCUGAAGACACGAGGGGUCUUCAGCGAUGGUGUUCCCCACUAUGUGACCUUCUACAGUAACACCACAGGAGUCUGGCUUUAUGUGGACGACCAGCUACAGCAGAUGAGGCUGUACCGGGGGCCCCCGCCCAGGCAGCAGCCGCCUGAGGAGCCCCCCCAGCUCUCACUGGGGGGCCUGUCCGAGUCCGCCACCUCCUUCCGCAACUUCAGCGGCUGCAUCAGCAAUGUCUUUGUGCAGCGGCUCCAGGGCCCACAGCGCGUGUUGGACCUGCAGCAGAACCUGGGCGGUGUCAAUGUGAGCACAGGCUGCGCCCUGGCCCCGCUCAGCCAGAGCCCAGGCCCUGGCGUACGCCGUCUGCGGGCCAUGGCUCAGAAGGCCUCCCGCCGCAGCCGCCAGCCCCGGCAGGGCCCUGCGUGUAUGCCACCUCUACACCUCAAGAUGACCCAAGAUGCCUUCCAGUUCGGGGGCCCCCUUCCCAGUCGCCUGGAGUUUGCAGGCAUCCUAGACCCCCGCAGGUACCAGCUCCACCUCUCGAUGCUGGUCCGUCCUCGUGCCCCCCAGGGCCUCCUCCUCUUCGCUGCCCCACCGGCGGCUGGUGGCACGUCCCUGGCUCUCUUCCUGAACCAUGGUCGGCUUGUUGCACAGACAGGAGGGCCUGGGCCCCGCCUGCGCGUCCAGAGCCGCCAGCGCUCACGGGCUGGCAGGUGGCACACGGUCUCUGUGCAUUGGGAGGGAAACCAGCUCCAGCUCCUGACAGACGGACUCCACGCGUGGAGCCGCGAGAGGCCCCACCAGCCCAGUGCAAAUGCAACAGCUGCGUGGCCCCACACCCUCUUUGUCGGGGGGCUCCCUGCCAGCAGCCACAGCAUCCACUUGCCAGUGGCCGUCGGGUUCAGUGGCUGUGUGAAGAACCUGCAGGUGGACGGGCAGCCGCUGGGGCCCCCUUCGAGAAUGGUGGGGGUCACGCCCUGCCUCUCAGGACCCCUGGAGAGCGGCCUGUUUUUCCCAGGCAGUGGAGGAGUUGUCACCCUAGAAGCCCCCAGGGCCACUGUGCCCCACCUGAGCCUGGAGCUGGAGGUGCGGCCGUUGGCAGCCACUGGGCUGAUCUUUCACCUGGGCCAGGCCCAGGGCCCCCCCUACCUGCAGCUGCAGAUGUCCAACCAGCAGGUCUUGCUGCGGGCAGAUGAUGGUACAGGUGAAUUUUCCACAUGGGUGACACACCCUGUGGCGCUAUGUGAUGGGCAGUGGCACCGACUGGCAGCCACCAAGGGUGGGAAUGUGCUCCGGUUGGAGGUCGACACUCAGAGCAACCACACCUUGGGACGCUCAGCAACAGCCACAGCCAACAGCCCAGCAGCUCUGCACCUUGGGGGCCUGCCUGAGACCACAGCUGCAGCGUCCGGAGCCCCCCCUUACCAAGGCUGCAUGAGGAAGCUGCUGGUGAAUGGGUCCCCCGUCACCGUGACUCGCUCUGCAGGCGUGCAGGGGGCGGUCGGGGCCAGCGGCUGCCCGGUCACAUAGUCGGUCUGCCCUGUCCACCCCGGCGGGCAGUCGCACCAGCAGGAGGGGCCGGGCCACACCCAGGCACCGCAGCAGCCCAGCUGCCCUCCCUGCACCGCGGCACUCAGUCGGCGUCGUAGGCAGUGCCGUGGAUAUUUAUCUAGGCUAGAUUCUCCAGGUGACAGGUCUCAUUUCUUGAAACGGAUUAAAUUAUCUUCCUAAAUGAAAGGGUAGGAUACUGUAAAAUGGGCUUUUAUAUUCUUAUCUCCCUCCCACCAGUUUUUAGCUGUGAGAUGUGUACCACCACUGGUUCUUUGAGACAAAAAUUAAAAAGUAUCCUGGUCAA